UCUUUUUUUUAUUCAAAAAUUAUUUUAAUUUCAAUCUGUUAAAAUGGGGAGUAAGUUUUUGUUUCAUUUCUUAUGGCUACAGUUUAUCUAUAUUUAUGAACAAACACACAAAUGUUGUGUUGUAAAUAUUUUUUUUAUGUAUGGAUUAGACAACACUCUUUUCACAAAAUCCUCUAGAUUUUUUUUUUCUUUUCUUUCAAACUUAAUUUCAACCGUAACCACCAUUUGCCACCAAUUCUAUCCGCAAUUCAGCUUCGUGAAGCACAACAAUGGCGGCCCUCAAUAUCAUAUCCCAGCCACCCACUUCUUCCUUUCUUAAUUUUAAAAUCAAGAACUCUUUUGAUAACGGGCCUCUCUAUGUACCCAAUAAGCCAACUUUGUCUUCGGUGGCUAAGCAACUAUCCAAAUCUGGGACUAUUGCAGGCAGUGGAUGUUCAUGGAUGCAAGGAAGCUCCACAUGUUUCAACGCCGCUGCUGCCAAUGACAGGCGGCGGGGCAUUGUAUAUUCUGUGUUCCCCACAAAACCUGCACAAGUAUCUUCUGUGCAGGACCUUUAUGAGUUUAUAUGCUCAGGUCCUUUGCUAGAAAAAAUGGGUUUUACACCUGAAUCAGUAGCUGAGUCUGUUGAUAAGUGGUUGGCUUAUGGUUUGCACCUGUGUCGAUUAUUUCAGCUCGGUGAAUUUGAACUUAAUAUUCCUCAGAAAGUGAGGUUUUAUCAUUAUUAUAUACCUGUGUUUUUAUGGUGUGAAGAUCAAAUUUCCCAACACAUGUCUGGGUAUAAGGAGGGAGAAGAUAUACCUCCUUUAGUGAUUGGUUUCAGUGCACCACAAGGUUGUGGAAAGACAACACUAGUUUUUGCUCUUGAUUAUCUUUUUAAAAUUACUGGCAGGAGAUCUGCCACAAUAUCUAUUGAUGACUUUUAUUUGACAGCAGAGGGCCAGGCUAAACUAAGAGAAGAGAAUCCUGGAAAUGCUCUUCUAGAGUUUCGUGGAAAUGCUGGCAGCCAUGAUCUUCCUUUCUCUGUUGAAACAUUGACAGCUCUGAAAAAAUUGAACAAAGAGGGUACAAAGAUGAAGCUGCCUAGAUAUGACAAGUCUGCAUAUAGUGGGAAGGGGGACAGAGCUGAUCCUUCAACAUGGCCUGAGAUUGAGGGGCCACUUUCGGUUGUCCUGUUUGAAGGUUGGAUGCUUGGUUUCAAGCCUCUUCCAGUGGAAACAGUUAAGGCUGUUGAUCCUCAGCUGGAGACAGUGAACAAAAAUCUUGAAGCAUAUUAUGAUGCUUGGGACAAGUUCAUAGGGGCAUGGAUAGUUAUCAAGAUUAAAGAUCCAACGUGCGUCUUUCAGUGGCGUUUGCAGGCAGAGAUCGCCAUGAGAGAUGCAGGAAAACCAGGAAUGUCUGAUGAAGAGGUUAAAGAUUUUGUUUCGCGGUAUCUUCCAGCAUAUUAUGCUUAUCUUCCCACCCUUUACUCUGAAGGACCAAGUGGAUCAGAUCCAAAACAUUAUAUCCUCAUUGAAAUUGAUGAAGGGAGAAACCCAAUCCUUGGCAACUAGUAAUACAUAAUGCUUAACUUCAAAUCAAGAUCCAAUUUUUUUUAUUUUCUGCUGAUGAAGUUUGCAGGAGAGGCUGGUGUAGUUGAAGAGGGAAUAAAUAUGAAAACGUCCUCUCAGUUGGAGAACAGACCCAACUUACUCUUUUUUUUAGACAUUUAUUUUACAAUUGUGCAGGAGUCCCAUUUCAUGAUAUACAUUCACUUUGAAAAUUUUCAAGUAAUUGAGGAUCUUCAAGCAUGACUUGGAGGAUCCUCAAGCUAGAAGAUGGGGAGAGUCUGAUGUUUCAAAUUUCUUAUUUGAAAUUCAUUGUGGGGAAAGUCUGUAAAUGUACUGUGAUGGGAAUGGAAAUAAUAUAUAUAUAUUGUUAUAUUUUUCUAGUGUUUUAUACAUAAUUAGUACCUUGUAGUCAGAUCAGAAUAUAUAAACAACUUGUAAUUUAUAUAUAUGAUGUUUUUUCUUAUUA